AUGCAGACUCUUUGGCCACGGGCUCAGAUACAGGCCUAUACCUGCCGGUGUGGCUCUUGUUUGAAAAGCUCUUCUUCAAAUGCUGCUACCAGCCGCACUGUGUCCGCAGCAAGUCGAAGACGGAUGUUGAUCGGGAACAGUAUCACCGGAUUUUAUGCCACCUUAUUUGCGACAGCAGUAGCAUGGGAUACCAGUGUGAAAACAAGAAGACGGAUUGAAAGACAACAAGAAAUCGAAGCCGUGAAGGCAGAAGUUGAGGCGCUCGAGCUCGACCAACUUCGCCGAUUAGAAGCCCUAGCCUCGAGGAAGAGAACUCGGGUGUCAGCUCCAUCACAACAACGAAGGGGGUAUAGCACAUCUAUAGGUCCGGAUAGAUCUCAGCAGAGAUAUUGUCGUCAUUUGUCCACUCAAGCCGCAGGAGCAAGAUGUCAAAGCUCAGAAGCACAGCAACUUGAUACGGAAUUCCUUGACCCAGAGUAUGAUAACUCUGCUACGCCACACGUCCAAUCCCUCCCCAGAGAGUUGACGAAUUACGAUGCCGACGUAGAUCCAAGAUCAGAGGCUGAAAUAGAACGGUAUGAAAGCGAUCUUUCGCUCAAUGAUAUUCUACGACAAAGGGCGAUCCUGCGGCUAGCCGCACGACAACUCGCAAUCAAGAUGAUAUUACGGCCCGCUCUUGCGCAUCUAUAUGCCGGAGUACCGUUUACUUCACGAACCUCCUGCGUUCUCCCAGAUAUAGAUAUAGAAAAGCUUCUAGCUGAACUUGAAAAUAUCCGGGUCAGAAUUGCGAAGCUUCGGAGUUCAAGGGAUGCAUGGUUUGGCGACCUUGCAAGAAAUAUCACAAUAGUGGAGCAUGAAAACCUGAUCGCGGAGAGAAAUGCUUUAAAUGAAGAUUUGAAGCGAAUGUUCGCGAUGUACCAAGACGACGAGUUAACGUCCCGAGACCUGCUUAUCAAAGUUGCCGAAAAUAUUCUGUCAUCCGAAGAACCAUUAUCACGGCUUUCCGUGUCUUUAAUGAUAAGAAUGUUUGGUCGAUCGAGACAAAAUGAUGUGGUGAACAUGAUCAUUGAUUCGAUAUUCCCGAACGGCCUUAUCCUCGGUGAGGGUGUCAUAAUAGCGACGUUAGACUUCUUUAACAAGUCUAAAGACUUAUAUAGGUUCGAUGGUUUCCUAAAUAGACUACUAGGGGGAAAACUACUACGGGUACCGCAGUAUUGGAAACUCACAAAAGUUGGUGACAUCGAAAUUCCGGUACCACCAAAGGGCAGCGAUCAUGCAAUUUUGAGCACUCUUAUAUCGUCUGCACUUGGUUUUAAUCAACCACAGAGAGCGGAUGCUUGGCUUGCUGUCAUGAGACAUCGUGGUUAUGCAGAUAACCCCCAUGUACUGGGUUCAUAUCUACGAUUUUAUUCGCAACGUCAGGACUGGGAACAUGGUGGCCCGCUACUUCUGAGGGUGGUAGACUACAUCUCUUCCACUAUAGCGGAUAAUGAGGGCCAGUUUGAGCGUUUGAUAUUGUAUAUGGCUGCAUUCUGCAAUUCUUGUGGCAAAGAAAGACUCGGGAAUUCCAUACUGAAAGCAGCAGCGGCUCAUGGCAUUGACUGGCAAGAUGCGUAUAAUUCCACAGAUGAAAGGAUUGUCAUUUUGUCAACGUUAGAGCGUUGGCGUGCAGCGGCAGAACUUCCCAGAUUACCCGCCUCUCAACUAUCCAUUGAUGAAAGGCACAAAGAAUUCGUCAACAGCAUCAGGGGAACAAUCCAACACGCCGUAUCAACAACUGACGACCAAAAUGCAUCGUUUCAGCAGAAGUAUGAUCAGCUUACAUAUGAAAUCCGAAAUUCCGAAUUGACUAUCCGUGAUAUGAAAUUCGAGGUAGAGAAGGAAAGCCACAAGCAUGAUAUGAGAAAUCUACACUUUAAAUUAUCGCAGCCAAGCCAAAGCGAAUUAAUCCGAGAGAAAGUUCACUCCUUGGACUUGGCUAUUCGCGACAUUGCUCUAGAGAUUGAACGGCAAACACGAAAAGCAGAAAUGGCUACACUCAAAUCACAAAUGGAUAUGAUACAAGCUAUGCUAUCUCACAAGUUUUCGCAGCCAGACACAUUCUCGCCUGAGCUAUAUGUGGCUCCUAAAAUAACAACCUCCAAAUCCUCAUCAUUUAACUCUCCGACUCCAAUCGAGGUUCAAAGACAGCCUGCGACAAAAUUGUCCCCUCAGAUCAAAAGGGUUUCAACUAUCAAAUACUCGCCGUCGAAUAUUCACAAAUCGUACCAAUCGUCACCUUCUAAUUAA